AAUCUUGAUUUUCUAUUUUAAAUUAUCAAAAGUAAUUACUACGCAAAUUAUACUCUAGAAUUGAGUUAUCAAUUUAUCAAUUCUCAGUUUAAAGUGAUAGUACUUAUUAGUAGCAAAAUAGAAUAAAUAGUAUUUAUUAAAUACAUAUUUCAUCUAUGGUAGCAAUAAGUAUACUUUUUUGAACUUAGGAUAGACCUAAUAGAUUGAAUUAAAAUUUACCAUCACGGAAAAAACAAAAUUCAAGACCUAUUGAUCCCAGUCAUUCAUCUAAAAGAGAAUACUAUCAUAUUUAGUUAUCAAGUCUAAAAUGAUGAAAAAUUAUGAUCAUCGACUUAAAGGGCGCUUGGAAAAAAUACAAUAUCAAUAUUUCAAUGGACGACCAAAAUGGACUACUGUUCAACUUAGAGAUUUAAAUUUAUAUAUUGCUUAUACUUGUAUGGGAUCACCUUUUGAAAAUGAAAACAAAAUUGAAGAAAUACUCGUUGAAACUAAUAAUGAAAGUAGUGAAUUAUUUAGUUAUUAUUCAUCUGAAAAACAGAAUCAAGUUAAAAUUAUAGUUAAUACUAUUAAAAAAAAAAUUAUUGAUGAUAAAGUUGAAGACAUUGAUGUUGGAGUAACAUUGGUACAUAGUGUUUGUAAAGAUGUGUGUGAAAUAUGUCAAAAAUUUCCUGAUAAAGACAUUCAUUUAUGGAUUAUAUUAAGAAUAAAAAUUAAUAAAAGAAAAUUUUUUUACUAUGAUGUAUCAUUAGGUAGAACAUAUAAAGAUUGGAACAGUUAUUUAAAAAAUAAUACAUUACCCAAAGGUUACAUGUUUUAUCCCAAAACAGGUUUUUAUGAUGAAGCUGACUACUUAAUAAAAGAUUUAACCCCAAGUUCUAAACCAUCAGCAAAAUUAUUAAAUUGUUUGGAUAUAGUAGGGAAAGUGACAUCAUUCACAUCUGGCACUUUACUCGCAGGCAGCUUAUUUUUACCUAUUAUGGCACCUAUUACAUUGCCAGCUGCUGCAGUAGCCACAAGUUCAUCUAUUUGGGAUAUUGGUAGACAAAUAAGUAAUUUAUUUGAUAGAAAUUCUCAUAAUCAAUCAUUAUCAGAUGCUGUAGCUAGAAAACAUUGGUUAGAUCUAACAAUUUCAAUGAUGGGUGUUAUGACAGCACCACUUAGUGCUGGUGUAAAAACUCUUGAAUUAAGUGGUUCUUCAUUAUUAGCAUCACGGUUUGGGAAAACUUUGUUGAUACUACGUACUAGUACUUGUAUAACACAGUGUUCUUUGAGUAUUGUUGGCUUAACAAGUGAUAUAAUUGAUGGAAUUUCAAUGAAGAAAUUGAUAUUAAGUUUUCUGACAUAUUUACGAUUAGAUGUUUUUCUUGUCACUGGAGUUUUAUUUGCCUUGCCAAUAAAUAGAAUAAUUCAAAAUAUUUUUGAAUCUGUUACAGAACGUACUACACUUUCAAAGGAAAUAAUAUACCAAAACAUCUUUCAUAAAAAUAGCAUACCUUAUUGUAUAGUUCAAAAGUAUUUCAAUGAUUGUAUGAAUUUUACAAAAAAACAUAUAAAUGAAUUUUGUGAACAGAUUCAAAAAUUUUUUAAAAAUGAGUUAACUUUUGAGAAACUUAUGAUUGCAUUAAAUGAUAUUAUCCAAGUUUAUGAAGAAUGCAAAAAGAAUAUGGUAAAAGAAAAUUCAUCAUUGGAUGAGCUCCUAAAUUAUGUAAUAAAUCAUAUGGACUUAGAUUUCUUAACACUAAGAGAAAAAGAAGAAGCAAUAUCUAUUCUUGGUGGUGAAAAUAUGAAAAAAUUUCUUUUAUGUGUACCAAAAGAAUAUCUGAACAAAAAAAUGAUCAUUUUUUGCAUUAAUCAAGUACUAUCCAAAGCCAAUUAUUUAGCUUUAGAAUUUACUAAUGUAGUUCAAACAUGUAUGCUGUAUAAUGAAACUGACACUGUAGAAAUAACACACUCAUUUUGUUCAAUUUACAACUUAGAAGAAUGUUGUUUAAAAGAAUAUUUACUCUAUGGUAUAAGAAUUCUCAAAAAUGAUAUACAAGAUCUUUUAAGUCAUUUUUCAGAGUAUGAAAAAAAAAACUAUGAAGAUUUCAAAGUUGACUUUGAAGGUUUUACAAAUAAGAUUAAAAUGUAUCAAAUGAUAGCACCACAUAACAAUUUGGAUUUUGAUACAUGUAAGAGAAUCUCCCAAGUGCUAAUUCCUCGCCAAGAUGGUUACAAUAAUUUUUUGCAUAAAGCUUUUGAAGAAAAUUCGUGUUUGCUAUAUAUAAAUACUGAAGUGUGUAAAAAAACUGUAUUUUUUAAUAUAAAUUCUAAUGGUGACAUAAACCAACUGUAUAUUCUGUUUGUUUAAGCUUAAAUAUUUUUUAAUUAUUAGUUGUAGGACACACACUUUAAAAAAAAUGGCAAUUUUAUUAAAAUUAAAAAAAUAUUAUUAACUACUAAUCUCGUUUAAUUAAUACUUUUACAUUAGAUUACAAAUUUAGUUCAUCAUAAUUUUAUUGAUUGAUAAUUUAUUUUUCAUUAAAAAAAAAUGCUAGAUAAAUAACAAAAUUUAAAUACAUUAUAACUCCAAGUGUAUUAGAUAACUAUGACUUAUUUUAGUAUUUAAUACAAUUUUAAAGUUAUUUUUAUUAUUUUGGAAUAUUAUUAUAUAGACGCCUUAAUUAAAGGAUUAUUAUACAUUUAUUUUUUG